AUGUCAUCAAUAUUUAAGCCUAGAAAGUUUGCGGGACCAAUUGUGAAGCCCAGUGUUACUAAGGCUGAAGAACUUACUAAAAACAAACACUAUUGUGUUUCAAGGUUACCAGGAUUGCCCAGUGUUUUCAAAACAACAACAUUUGUCAAUGCCUACUCGGAUUCGGAAUCUAAGUAUGCUGCUGCUAUAAGUAAUGAUUCUGUUUACGUAUGGCGGUACAAAUCUGUUGACGCAUCCCCCCUUUCCAUUCAAAUUCCCAUUGACAAAUCGUUCAAAUUGCCAGUGGCCAUUUUAACAUCCCCUUCAAGUGGGACAGGCCGAGACCCUGGUCUUUUAUUGAUAGAUGCAAUUACUGGGCUAGUUAAGUUUUACGAAAACGUGCAGCGUGCACCAACGUUGGGGUUGAUUCAUGACAAGCCAUUAGACUUGCAGGUAAGUCUUCAACCAACCGAAUGUAUAACAUUGGUGGAAAACGUCGAACCAGCAGGAAUUGCUGUGGCAACGUCGCUUCGAAGAUGUAUUCUUAUUUCACUCAGAGACUACAGAAGCAUUCCCUGUCUAUCAACAAUGGAAUUGGUCAGUCCUGAGAGGAGUUUCCUUGCUAAACUUUUUGUGCAUGACGAGGGUGAUAUUGUUGCAAUAAGGUCAGCAAAGGACAACAGUUUUGCCACAUCGCAAGCGAUAUACGUUCUUACUUCAGCUGGUACAUUAUACUCGGUAACUUGUAAUUCAAUGACACCUAAUUCAACGCCAUAUAUCAACAAUGCUUCCUCAUUUAAGCAAACGUUAUCAGUUGAUCCAGACGCCUAUCCAGGAAGCGGGCCUCCAUCAAAGUUCCUUGACAUAUGGCCAUUAAAAGACAACAGCUAUUUUCUCGCUUUGGUGGAAUGGAAUAGUACCUUGAUGUUGGCAACAUUUCGUGCUGAUAAGUCUGGUGCUCUCUACUAUGGCUCGCAUGAUUUGAAAAUCAGUAAUGACUCAACGUCACCACGGCUAUUUCUACCUUCACCAGGUAAAACAGCAUUUGUUAUCAUGGACAAAACAAUCAUAAUGACGGAUUUGGAUACAUCUUACAUUGAACCAAAAAAUACCUUCACGUACACGAAGCCACGCUGGGAAGAUGUUAUUAGGAUUAACCCCGCUACUAAGUUGAUAGGUUAUGGCUACGAAAAUCAAAGUCCAGAUUCAAAUCCCUCCGUCAUUCUCAUUACAAAAAACUAUGGUGUUUUGAGAUUGGAAAAGUUUCCAGAAACACCAAAGAAGGAAAUUGUUUACGACACAGCGUUGCUUUUGAAAUCACACAUUGAGCAAGGGAUAUUCUUUUCCGAUUCCAAAGUGAUUGAUUUUGACUUGAUACAUAAAGCUGAGAAAAUAGCGGUGCACAAUGCCGUUAGAUCUAUCAUAAAAGAAGUCAUGACUUCGACCUCGCCUUAUUUACCUGAUACACUUCCAGUCACAGCCGAUUUAUUACAACUAAAGGUAAAGAUUUUGACCGAGUUGAUUGCAUACUGUCAGCGGAAUUUUCCCGACGAUUUUCCAAUGAUUGCAGAAGUUGUCAAGAAUUUGGAAAAAACAAAUUGCGCACUGAACUUAUGGAAAUACAUUGAUGCUAACGAGACUUACAUGGAAGUAUUCAGGAAGAUUAGGCCUGAACCAAGGCAGUUUUUUAUUUCAGAGAUUGAAAACAUAGGCGAGGUAUUAAACUCGUUCCUUGACCAUUUGAAGGAAACCACUCUUUCUACGUCCUCAUUGGUUGUUACUACAAUUCACGAUGGUGUGUAUUUGAAUGCUGUGAGGUAUAGUGACGAAGUUGGAAUGUCAUGGUUGUUUGACAGUGAAGUGCUAAACAGUGUCGAAUCACAGUUCACACAAGAUUUUGUCAUUGGAAAUAACAGUGACAAGUAUGACGCUUCUUGUAUCGUUCAGGUAUUAUAUUAUUUUUACACUAGUGCCAUAAAGUCCACAAAGGAACAAAGGCUUGACACACAAUAUGAAGAGCUCAGCACGUUUUAUGCGCAGAAGAAAAAGAAUUGGAUCACGGCAUUGUUGAAAUUGGGCUUGGUCAAAGAGGCAAAAGUCCUUGCUGAGAAAUACCACGAUUUUGCAUCGCUUGCGAGAAUUUUAGAUACAGAAAGAGAUUCGAAGUCAAUUGAGCAACUAAACUACGGAUUAUACUUUGAAGAAUUUGGAUACCCAUUCGCAGCCUGCGUAUACGAACACUACAUAAACAAUGGCGAAUACCAGAAGUUGUUGCUUGAGUUUUCCAAUUACAAGCAUUUCCUUUUGCAAUACUUUAAACAGAAUCCAGAAUCGACAUCGAGUGUGUCAUGGAUUCGAUACUUACUUGAUGAUGACUUUGAAUUAGCGUCAAAAGCAUUGGGAUUAGCAGCGUCAUAUAAUAAAGAACUGAUUAACAAUCAGUUGACUCAGCUCUCUUUGGGUAAGUUGUCAGCAAUUGCCGUGGGCGCAUCUACAAAGAAACAAUUUGAUAAUGAGUUGAUGAAGGUUCGUUACCAAAUCAAGGUAAGAGAUGUCGUUGCUGGUGGGGGAAGAAUUGCUGCUAUCAAGAAGGAAAAUUUUGCUAGUCAAUUCCUCAAUAAAAAAAUUGACAAAGCUGAUGCAAAUUCUAUCGCUGCAAACAUAUUUGGACCAUUAUCGAGUGAUUUGCGUUUGAACGAGCUGUUAUUGAUUGAGUUGUUGACCGUUAUUGAACCCAAGUUUUUACAAGAUUAUGGGUUUGUCUACGCUUUGAAAGUGGCGCAAACAUUUUCGAAUGAAGAGCACACUAAUGAAUCUAUCAAUAUUAUUUUACUACGUCUAUUAACAUUGGGAACUGAAGUCAAGCAUACCAUCAAUGGCACCGAUGAUGUGGUGAAGCAUGAAGUGGAAUCAAGCAUCUUGUUCAAAACCCUUGUGAGUCAACCAAAUAUCGUUUCUCAAUUGAACCAGUUGCUAGAGAAUGUCAAUUUGAAUGACACUUUGAACCCUUCUUUGAGUGAGUUUGAUGAGAAGUUGUUGAAUGAGUUGAAAAAGCGACUCGAUGAUGAUUCUUUUAGAUCUUGGGUACACAUGGUUAUAGAACAAGCCAAGAUCGUCAUAAUCUAG